UUGGCACGUCUAGACAGCAUGAGCAUCACAAUUCUAGCUUUCGACGAAAUAAACCUACUGUUAUGUGUCUUGAUUUUGACACUCACAGUGGUUUAUUUCUGGUUGCAUAGACCUCAAGGCUUUCCACCAGGUCCAUUCGGAUGGCCAAUCAUUGGAUCUUUACCGAGCAUAAUCGUAGAAGAACCAUACAAAGCGAUGGCAAAAUUAUCAAAAACAUAUGGUAAUAUAAUUGGUCUAAAAACAGGACGUCGGUUGGUGGUAAUCCUCAACGGAUACGACACUAUAAGGACAGCGUUGGUGAAAAACGCACUCGCUUUCAGCGGGCGUGAAAUUGACACCGUACAACACGAAGUAUUCAAUGGCAGAGGGUUGAUCAAUAUUGACUACAAUGAUGUAUGGAAAGAAGAACGCCGAUUUACUCUCAUGGCUCUUAGAAAAUGUGGAAUGGGUUCAUUAAGGCUGGAAGGGAAGAUAUUACGAGAAAUAAAAUAUAUGAUGGCAGAUCUAGACGAGAGAAUUAAUCAGCCUAUUGAUCUUCUUGAUAUACUCACUCAAACUCCGGCAAAUGUUAUUACUACUAUCCUUCUUGGGAAAAGAUUUGAUAAUAAUGAUACAACCUUUUUAAAACUGCUCUCCUUGCAGCAUUCAUUCACUAGGACAGUUAAUAGAGUGGGAGCAUCUAACUUUUUCCCCACAUUACGUUUCUUACCGGGAAUGAAUUAUGCAAAUGAAAUGCACGCAAUUAUCGAUGGUGGUGCGAAGAUUUUUCGCCAAUAUAUCAAAGACUAUAUCCGCAAUUUUGAUUCAAACUCGGAGCCGCAAUGUUUCAUUGAUAUGGCAAUUUCACGUAUUGAGACUCUAGGUGACCACGCUACGAUGCUAUAUGAUAGUCUAUCUUAUACACUCUGGGACCUGUAUUCGGCGGGAACUGAAACCAUAUCAAUGACUUUAAACUGGGCUAUGCAAUACAUGGUGUUGAAUCCGAAAAUACAAUAUAAGCUACAGGCUGAUAUUGAUGAUGUAGUUGGUGCCUCAAGACCGGUUUCCACAACAGACAGACCGUCAUUACCUUAUGUAGAUGCUACCCUGAAUGAAGUCCAUCGAAUGUCUACUAUUGUUCCAUUCUCUGUGUCACACAGAGUAACCAAGAAUGCAUGGAUUAAUGGUUAUUUCAUCCCGAGUGGUACAUAUGUUUUGCCGAAUUUAUGGUCAGCUCACCAUGACGCUACUGUAUGGGACGACCCAGAGACAUUCAGGCCAGAUCGGUUCAUGAAAAAUGGCAGUCUGUCUAAGCGUCUUGAAUUGAUACCUUUUGGUUUAGGUCACCGUGAAUGUAUCGGAAAACAGUUAGCAAACAUGGAGUUGUUUUUGAUCUUCACAUCAUUAAUACAGAAUUACAGAUUCAGUAUUCCUGAUAAUAUCAAGCCACCAACAAGCAAAUGCCUUCUAAGAGCAGUUAGUGUUCUUGACCCAUAUAUAGUGCGUGUCCAGAAGCGACUAUAGAUGAAUGACAAAUUCAUAGAUGUUGAAUUAUGAUUAAUAAAUAAAAACUGUGUAAUUGUGUAAUAAUCACUCUACCUUA